AUUUAUUGUGGGCUAGAAUACCUACGCUGAUCUACGCUCUAGUCCAGCACGACUGAAUGACGUCACUCUCCUCUCCAUUUAAUGCAAAGCGUCAUCACGUUCAUCUCUCUUCCAAUACAGAAAAUAAUCUCUUCAGUCUAAACGAUCGCGAAAUCUAGGGUUUUCAUCCAACAAAUUUCGCACCAUUAUUGCCGAAUUUACUGUGUCGAUUGUUUUACACAGUGCGGCCAUGAAGCCAGGAACAUCAAAGUUAAAUCCCAAUGCAACAUCAUACAUACCAUUCUCUGAAAGGGGGACAGUUGAUAAAGGGGAAGAUUUUGAAUUUUCUACAAAAGAAUCAAAUUGUGGAAAUGAAGCUGUCUGGUUCGGAGAUCAAUCGAAGGAUGCAUUAACACAUUAUCAGCCCCAAAAUGUUUCUCAAAGCUAUAUCCAAUGCACUGAUAUUCUCCAAACUGCUGAGCUUUCUAAGCUGAAGGACCAUUGUGGUGGUGAACUCUAUGCUUCAUCAUCACAUAACCAAAAUACGAUGGCUGAAAAGUUUACACUUGAGGAAGAAUUUGACAUGGAUAUAACAUAUCUUCAGAUGAAAUUUCCUGGAAUAUCUAAGGAUUCCCUUUCUGAAGUCUAUUCAACAAGUAACUGUGAUGUGGAGUCUGCAGUUGACAUGCUGAAUCAACUUGAGCUAUCCCCUGUGGAUCUUUCUGAGAAGCUUCCUGAAUAUUUAGACAUUGGUGAUGUGCCAGAAUCUCUGUCUUAUUGUGAGUUACCUUCUCAGAAAUUAAAGAACGUGACCGGUGAAGCCGGGGCUUCUACAUCUGGUUCAUCCAACUUGGACAUAGCAUAAUCUGGUGGAAAUUGAUGCUAGAAAUUUUACAGUCUUUCAAACUUAUUGGAUGUAGCGUAAAUAGGGAAAUAUUUGUUAGUUGAGAUGGGUGUAUGUGCAGUUUCUUUGCAUAUGUCGUAUAGCUUGUAGCUGCUUGUACCUUCUAUAGUUGUUGAUUCAUUGUCAGUGGUUGAUAGGUUUUGUAAAUUGAAGUUUUCUGAUCUGAGAAUGAUCGCCAAAUGUUAAUAUCUUCGGUCUUGACAUGAAUGGACGUGUUUUUGGAGUGGUGGUAUCGUUUUGGUUAGGACUUGAUUUGUCUACUAUGAUUAUAGCAUUGUAUAAUCUGUCAAUUUGAAAGACACUUGUUCUUGGUAAA